CAUGGCCGACUACUUGAUCUCCGGAGGCACAGGCUACGUUCCCGAGGACGGGUUGACGGCACAACAGCUCUUUGCCAUUGGGGAUGGGCUGACGUACAAUGACUUCUUGAUCUUGCCUGGUUUCAUUGAUUUUUCUUCUGAUGAGGUGGACCUAACCUCUGCAUUAACACGGAAGAUCACCCUGAAGACGCCUCUCAUUUCAUCUCCCAUGGAUACAGUCACAGAGUCAUCCAUGGCCAUUGCUAUGGCAUUGAUGGGAGGGAUUGGAAUCAUUCAUCAUAACUGUACAGCUGAGUUCCAGGCAAAUGAGGUGCGCAAAGUCAAGAAAUUUGAGCAGGGUUUCAUCACGGAUCCUGUGGUAAUGAGCCCAAGACACACGGUAGGCGAUGUUUUCGAGGCUAAGAUCCGCCACGGUUUCUCUGGCAUCCCUGUUACGGAGACCGGCAAGAUGGGAAGCAAGCUGGUGGGCAUCGUGACCUCCAGAGACAUUGACUUCCUGUCUGAGAAGGACCACGACAGACCCCUCGAGGAGGCGAUGACAAAAAGGGAGGAUCUCGUAGUCGCACCCGCUGGUGUCACGCUAAAAGAGGCUAAUGACAUUUUACAACGGAGCAAAAAAGGUAAGCUUCCAAUCGUCAAUGACAGUGACGAGCUGGUGGCCAUCAUCGCCCGGACUGACUUGAAGAAGAACAGAGACUACCCUCUGGCUUCCAAGGACUCCCGCAAGCAGCUGCUCUGCGGGGCAGCGAUCGGCACCAGGGAAGAUGACAAGUACAGACUGGACCUCCUCAUGCAGGCGGGGGUGGACGUGGUGGUCCUGGACUCCUCCCAGGGUAACUCUGUUUACCAAAUCAACAUGAUCAACUAUAUCAAACAAAAGUACUCUGAACUCCAGGUGGUUGGUGGGAACGUGGUGACAGCUGCUCAGGCUAAGAACCUUAUUGAUGCCGGUGUGGAUGCCCUCAGGGUGGGCAUGGGCUGCGGCUCCAUCUGCAUCACCCAGGAAGUCAUGGCCUGCGGGCGUCCCCAAGGCACAUCAGUGUACAAGGUUGCAGAAUAUGCCCGCCGCUUUGGAGUGCCCGUGAUUGCGGACGGGGGCAUUCAGACCGUUGGGCAUGUGGUCAAAGCGCUGGCUCUGGGAGCAUCCACAGUGAUGAUGGGCUCACUUCUUGCGGCGACCACAGAGGCUCCAGGAGAAUAUUUUUUUUCUGAUGGAGUGCGUUUGAAAAAGUACAGAGGAAUGGGCUCCUUGGAUGCCAUGGAGAAAAACAACAGUCAGAAACGCUACUUCAGCGAGGGAGACAAAGUGAAGGUGGCUCAAGGUGUGUCAGGGUCAGUCCAAGACAAAGGCUCCAUCCAGAAGUUUGUGCCGUACCUCAUUGCUGGCAUCCAGCAUGGCUGCCAGGACAUCGGAGCUAAAAGUUUGUCAAUUUUACGCUCGAUGAUGUAUUCUGGAGAGCUGAAGUUUGAGAAGAGAACAAUGUCUGCGCAGAUGGAAGGCGGAGUGCACGGCCUUCACUCUUAUGAGAAACGACUUUACUGAGGCUGGAGGAAAAGGAAACGCUCGCUCGGGACCGGAUGUGCCCACGCCGGCCCUGUUGAGCAGACGAACGACGCCCACGUGAAAAGACUAUUAAAGUCUCCCCUUCAUA